CGGUAUCUCUCCCAUCGCCCAUCGCCAACACCGUCGCAAUGGCCCCCAAGAAGCAGACCUCCACCAAAGCGAGCGUUCCAUCCCAGAACGACAUCUUGGUGCCAGAGACCCUUCUCAAGAAGCGCAAGAGCCAGGAGAAGGAGCGCGCCGAGAAGGCCGAGCAGCGCGAGGCUCGCAAGAAGGAGAACAAGCAGAAGCGCGAGCAAAUCUUCAAGCGCGCCGAGUCCUACGUCAAGGAGUACCGCGACAAGGAGCGUGAGGCCAUCCGCCUCGCCCGCGUUGCCAAGUCUGAGGGCAGCUACUACGUGCCAGAGGAGGCCAAGCUCGUCUUCGUCAUUCGCAUCAAGGGUAUCAACAAGAUCGACCCAAAGAAGCGCAAGACUCUCCAGCUUCUCCGUCUCCUCCAGAUCAACAAUGGUGUCUUCGUCCGCCUGACCAAGGCUACCGCCGAGAUGCUCCGCAUCGUCGAGCCAUUCGUCGCCUACGGUUACCCCAACCUCAAGUCUGUUCGUGAGCUCAUCUACAAGCGCGGAUACGCCAAGACCGGCCAGAAGCAACGCAUUCCUCUCACCGACAACUCCAUCAUCGAGGAGCACCUUGGCAAGUACGGCAUCGUCUGCAUGGAGGACCUGAUCCACGAAAUCUACACUGUCGGACCAAACUUCAAGCAGGCCUCCAACUUCCUCUGGCCAUUCAAGCUCUCCAACCCAACUGGCGGCUUCCACAAGCGCAAGUUCCGUCACUUCAUCGAGGGUGGUGACCUUGGCAACCGUGAAGAGUACAUCAACCAGCUCAUCCGCCAGAUGAACUAGGCUUGCUCUUCUCACCCAAAAUCUGCAUAUGGCGUUGACGGACUGAUGACAUGUGGUCUUGAUGCUGGGAAAUAUGCAAUUGGCGCAUGGCGAACUGGUGUCAGUAGAUACUGCUCGUAUGAAUGGAACGCCGUCAACCGC